GUACGGCUGUCCCGGGAGGGCUUUAGCUCAUAGCCGCGACGGGCAGCGGGGGUGUGUUGGCUGACGCGUGGGCAGCUGCGGGGCGAUACACGGGGGCGGCUUCUGCAGCCGAGGGACCCCGCUUUGCAGCCUGCACCCCGGCUCCCGCGUGCCCGCCGCUGUCUGUCGCCCGCCAGUGCGCUGAGCCCAGCCCUGCUUGGACGCUGUUCACGCCUCUGCGCUCCGUGCCUUGCUCCUGUCCUCUAUUUACAGUUCCACUCUAGCAGAGCAGGGUGGGCUCCUCCCCUCUGUAUGGUAGAGGAGCCCGGUCACUGGCCCAUCUCAGUAGUGAAACUGGAGGUUUGAUGCACGGGAUUCUCAGUAGCAGGCGUCAGUGCCUGAUUUAUCGUGAGAAGCAGUUUAAUAUUUCGGCUAUAAAAGGCUAGAACUAGUUCCUAAUUAGAAGGUGUUGCCAGGUUGUAAAUUGUCAGGUUGCAAGUAGGAAUGAGUACGCCAAGUUUUUGCGUAUAGGUUUAAAGAAGCUUUUGGGGUGGGGGAGGAUGCAGUACCCUAGACCUGUUUCCUUGUCUGCACAGACCUUGCUGUGGUGUAGCUUUCCAUCUCUUGUGACAGUCCCUCAAGGAGCAGUAGACAUUCUUUGGCUGCAGCAGAUUUCGCAUUGUCUUCCUGAUUGGGAGAGUUCAGUUAUGAGGCUUCUGGUUGGCAGUUACUCCUUUCUUUUGAGGAGAAAGAACUGGAAUCAUUUGGAUAAGGGAUGGGCGUUGGAAGGAGUAGCUUUCACCUUUUAUGUAUUGUAUAAGGCAGUUAUGCUGUGAACUAUUUAUAUAUGAUGGAAAAAACAAAAGCAAGAGCUGCUGGAGGUUUGGAUAGUCCUACUCAUGUUGAAGUAAUCAGAAUAGUAGUGGUAUUGGCAAGUUCUCAGGGUGGGAGAUCUGUGGCUUUAGCCUCCUAUAUGGAAGUCUGCAUAAUGGUUUCUCAGUGACAGGAGAUUCCCUCGGUUUUAAUCCAGUAGUUCCUAGUUAUUCCACUCUACAGUUUCCAGCGGGAUCAUUUAGGCCCUUGCAAUCUUGUGGGAUUCUUGUAAAUUCUGUUACCUGGUUUUGUUGUUGUUGUAAGGAAAAAUUCCAUUUUGUUGUCUUUUUUUUUUUUUUUUUGGAUACAGUCUCUCUCUGUCACCCAGGCUGGAGUGCAGCGGCGGGAUCUCGGCUCACUGCAACCUCUGCCUCCUGGGUUCAAGUGAUUAUCCUGUCUUGGCCUCUCUAGUAGCUGGGAUUACAGGCACCGCCACCAUGCCCGUCUAAUUUUUCUGUUUUUAGUAGAGACAGGGUUUCUCCCUGUUGGCCAGGCUGGUCCCGAACUCCUGACCUCAGGUGAUCUGCCUGCCUCAGCCUCCCAAAGUGUUGGGAUUACAGGUGUGAGCCACCGCGCUGGGUCCUAAAACUGCAUUUUGUUACCUAUUAAUAUGAAGCAUCUUUGUUGUUUCCCAAGACACUUCCUGUUUAGAUCCACAGUGAGUUUUAGGAAUUAAGUUUAGGAAAGUGGAACACAAUUUUGGAACACUGUCUUUUUUUUUUUUUUUUUGAGAUGGUCUUGCUCUGUCGCCCAGGCUGGAGUGCAGUGGCGCGAUCGUGGCUCACUGCAACCUCUGCUUCCUGGGUUCAAGCAGUUCUCUGCCUCAGCCUCCUGAGUAGCUGGGAUUACAAGCACAUACCACCAUGCCCGUCUAACUUUCGUAUUUUUAGUAGAGACGGGGUUUCACCGUCUUGGCCUGUCUGGCCUUGAACUCCUGACCUCGUGAUCCACCCGCCUCCGCCUCCCAAAGUGCUGGGAUUACAGGCGUGAACCACCGCGCCCAACUGAACACUGUCUUUAUAAAAACACAGUCCUUUCGGAUGUCCGGACUUAUUAAUAAUUAAAUAUAUUCAAAUUUAUUUGCAACAAAAAAUUACUUUUCAUAGAAAUGUUACAUUAAAAAAUAUAUUUUAACUUACACUUGAUGUCAUUGGAACUUUGUUAAACUUUGUUUAUAUUUUAGUGAAAGGAGAGGAAAAUGUUCGAUCAGAAAAAAUCAAUAUAUUUCUAAUAUAUUGAAUAUUAUCCUAUCAUUGCCACAUAUUGUGCACUAUCAGAAUUACAUAUCAUCUUUGUCUUUUCCUGCUGUGGGAGUUCGAUCAAUUUGUAAAACAACAUAGUUUUUUUUCUAUGGGCCAAACACUGAUUAGAAUGGCUGAAACAUAAUACUGCUCUGAGGUAGCUGAAGCUAAUGGUAUUAAACACAAAGCCGAAUGGUAGAUCUGCAGUUAAAAAAAAAAAUCACAUAUAAUGGAGGAACUGACAUGCAAUACAAUUUUAUAAAUUAUGGGUUGUUGUAGCCUGUAAUUUUAACAUGAUACAAACGUCACAUAAUUAUCCUGUAAAGGUUAGAGUAAUUUCAUUGCUACAUUGACCUGACAGUUGCAGGAGUACAAUAGCUGUCAAUAAGAUAAAAUUGUGUUUUUGGUGGUUUUGGAGAAAGCUUUGAGGACUUGUUUUAAGAAAAGGCAUUUAAUCUAUUUACAACAUUAUGUUUUGGUAUUACUGGCAUUUCUUUUAAAGUAAUUCAGUAUAUUAUCACUAUAAGCUCAGGAUUCCCUUUUCCUAAAUAGAAAGUGACCUAUUUUACUGACUUUUAAAAAUGUAAGAUUACAUUGCAUUUAACAACAUCAACUGUCCAUUGCAAACAGCAGUGAAGGAGACCAGUGGUGCAGGAGAUACGAAACUUUUUCACGCUUACUUUUGGAAGACACGUGUUAUAUAGCAAAUGCACCUUUCUGGUGGAGUCUGUUAUAUUAAAUUUGAUUUGUGUUCAUUUUACUGACAGCAGGAGAUUGGUAGCCUAAAAUCAUGGUAGCUUCGAGAGGGUUUUCAACCUGGCAUAAAUUUCCUUUUUCUGUGAGGAAUCCACAGGUAAGAAUUGACUGUUAGAACAAAAGGAUGAUUAAGCACUUUGUAAGUGCAGGGUUAUGCGAAAGUGGUUCAUAAUUAUAAUGUGGAUACAUUCCAGAUUCUGUUAAUGACCACCUCAGCAUCAUACAGUAUAGCCAUUUUAAUAUGAUGAUGUUAUGUGAACCUGUUAUACAACUACUUUAUAAUUUUGCUGCGGGUGAUGUGUGUUGGAGUGAUCAUUAAACAUGCCUGUGUGCGUGUGUGUGUGUGUAUAUGUUUCUGUCCGUAUGUCAUCUUUAUCAUCAGUGUGAAACACGACUUCCUCUAUAUACACGUUCAAAUGAUUAGCUCCUUAAGUGGAUCUGAUAAAUCCUUGGAAAAAGAAUGAGAAUUUUGAGAAGUAAUGUGUGUUAGUUCCUCAAGUGGAUAUGGUAAAUUCUUGGAAAAAGAAUGAGAAUUUUGGGAGAGAAUGUAUAUUCGAUUCCUUUCUGAAAUGGAAUAUAGUCUUGCCAUCUGUCUUUGGCUCUUUUUAUGACUGGUUCUGUGACUAUAGAACAGGCCAUAUACGUUAUCUGAGCGCAUGAGAAAAGCUCUACAGAGAAUGGUGGUAGGCUGGUAUGAAAGGCGUGAUGUUGUUGUAGGGAGUCGGGCCCCGGGCCGCCACUGUCACCUUGGCCGCUGCCGCUGCCACCAUCGCCUUGUUCCCCCAUACCCCGCCGUGGCCGAGGACCUCUCUGCAGCCACGUCCUACACCGAAGAUGAUUUCUACUGCCCCGUCUGUCAGGAGGUACUCAAAACGCCCGUGCGGACCGCGGCCUGUCAGCACGUUUUCUGUAGAAAAUGUUUCCUGACUGCAGUGAGGGAAAGUGGAGCACAUUGUCCCCUGUGUCGUGGAAAUGUGACUAGAAGAGAGAGAGCAUGUCCUGAACGGGCCUUAGACCUUGAAAAUAUAAUGAGGAAGUUUUCUGGUAGCUGCAGAUGCUGUGCAAAACAGAUUAAAUUCUAUCGCAUGAGACAUCAUUACAAAUCUUGUAAGAAGUAUCAGGAUGAAUAUGAUGUUUCUUCUAUCAUUCCAAACUUUCAGAUCUCUCAAGAUUCAGUAGGGAACAGCAAUAGGAGUGAAACAUCCACAUCUGAUAACACAGAAACUUACCAAGAGAAUACAAGUUCUUCUGGUCAUCCUACUUUUAAGUGUCCCCUGUGUCAAGAAUCAGAUUUUACCAGAGAGCGUUUACUGGAUCACUCUAACAGUAAUCACCUAUUUCAGAUAGUUCCUGUGACAUGUCCUAUUUGUGUGUCUCUUCCUUGGGGAGAUUCUAGCCAGAUUACCGGAAAUUUCAUUAGCCAUCUAAAUCAGAGACAUCAGUUUGAUUAUGGAGAAUUUGUGAAUCUUCAGCUAGAUGAAGAAACCCAAUAUCAAACUGCUGUUGAAGAAUCUUUUCAAGUAAACAUCUGAAGGCUGUAGACAUCUCUGCAUCUUUGUACCUGCAAGUGCCAUCUUUAAGGGGGAAACUACAUGAAGUCACCGUUUCAGUAACUUGAUGUGUAUAUUAAUAAAAGUAAUUCAGUCA